AUGCCCCCAGUCACGAACCACGAAAGUCCCAGUUCCCUACCACAGACAGAUGCAACCGUAUCAGAAGCUCGGGAUUUAGUCAGUGUGGAGGCACACACGACACCUACUGAUACUAGGGACUGCGACUCCUAUAUAAAGGUUUUUCUUGCAGAGCUCGUUAGCCCCGCCCGUCAUAGAUCAGCUACCCAAAAGAGAUCUAGUAGUUUGAGUGCAACAUCAACUGUUCAGGACAUUGAUCUGUCGCGCGACCUGGACACAGGUAAUAUAACUCUUCCACGCAAGGACACCGCAGAGACUCUUGUCAAGGCAUACUUUCAGUUCAACGACGUAGCUAUGCCUCUACUACACCAACCUUCAUUUCGGCAGCAAUUUGAUCUAGUCUAUCAGAUGUCUCACACAAUCAACUUCACGAUAACCCAUUCCAACACUCAUUCUAAAGUAGCCGUCUUCUUCGUCCUAGAGGUAUUCGCAAUAGCCCUUCUCAGCAUGCAGAAGCAAGAUCCUUCUAGUGUAUCGACAUGCUUAGCAGAUCGUUAUCAUAGAACGGCUCUAGAGGCUCUGAGCCUGACCUCCGUCUCGAGUGAUGUUCAAGGCGUCCAAGCACUACUCCUUGUUGCGCAAUACUCUUAUCUCCACCCGAACUUCUGGGCUGCUUGGAGAACUGUCGGUGCAGCCCUUCGGUUGGCCGCGGAGCUAGGCUUGCAUCAGGAUAUGACCAAUGGUUUUGAUGCUCUUGCCCUCGAUAUAAGGAGAAGGACGUUUUGGGUGGCUUACUCGAUGGAUCGGAAUCUCUCGAUAGCCAUGUCACUGCCGUUUGGCCUAUCAGAUGGGGCGAUAUCAUCUCUGUUCCCAAGUGAAGUAUCUGAAGAUUUGAUAACAACGAACGGAAUUGGAUCGACACCACCCUGUGUGACAAAGCAGCUCGCACAGCAGAUGUUUCGAUACCGCCAGAUCCAAUCAGAACUACGAGUAAUGCUUUGGGAAGCACCAGUACCUUAUAAGCAAAUCAACUUAAGCGACUGGCAGACCACCAUGCACCAGCGCAUCGAUCAAUGGUACAAUAACAGUCCACGCGGUGAUAACAUGACCAGCUUCGAAAGACGAGUUGUAGUCGGUUUCGAAACGAAGCGCAACACAGCACUGUUCAACCUUUACCGCCCUUCGCCCAACAACCCAACCCCAUCGGAAGAACAAGCUUUGGCGAUGACUGAAGUUGCAAGUAACAUGAUACGCAUAUAUCAGAACCACUUUCGCAAGAAGCAUUUAUCCAUUUACUGGCAGUCUAUUGAGAACGUCUUCAACGCAGGGACUGCUCUCAUGGUAGCAUAUUCAAGAUCGCUGGGCGUACGAGAGAUGAUGACGCUUGAUUCGCUCGAGUCACUUGUCCACAGCUGCUCCUCAUUGCUAUGGGGAAUGGUGGAGCGCUUCCCGUCUUAUCAGGACAAGCGAGAUACUUUUGACACUACAGCUACGAAAGUGCUUGAGGGACUCAAGGCUGAGAUCUUGAUCAAUGAAGGCACAUUCAUUCCUGGUGUCUCACAGCACGAAGGCGCUCUGACCUCAAGUCUGUCGGCUCAAACUCACACCGGGAGCGAGAUGCCUCUCCCAGCUAUUCCAGAGGAACAAUCGUGGCUUCAAUUUCUAAUCCCUGGUGAAUUUGACUUCUGUCACAAUCAGGAGCCUGGAGCGUUCCAUGAUAUGGAAGUCUGGGCUCUAGAUGGAGAUAGCCCGCUACUGGGUCAGGAUAUGACUCAUGAAAACUGGACUUAG